AUGUUACCCUCGUAUGCAUCCUCGACCAGUUCCAAGAUGAUGCCCCGGCAUCAUUCCGCUGGAUUUUCCAAUGGCUAUCCACGCAAUACCAACACUUUCGACAUCUCUCCCCAUAGAUUUCAACCCCGCGCCUCGACACCUGCCGCUCGUCGACGAAGAAGUCUACUGACGCGAUUAGGCAUAAUUGUUGUUGUUAUCGUAUUGAUUUGGUUCUUUAUUCGGCCAGGGAGUGGAUCGUUUACUUCUCUAUUCUCUCUAGGUCUUCUUAGUUCAAGUGGUGAUGUGUUAAUGGAUACCGUGCGCUACUAUGAUCUCUCGAACGUUCAGGGCACCGCUCGUGGUUGGGAAAGAGAAGACGUAUCCUCCUGUGUGUUCCAUUACGAGACGGCCGAACCCCAUCUUAAUAUGAUGUUCUCGCACCUCCGCAACUUCACAUACCCCCAUCAUCUUAUCGACCUCGCUUUCCUCGUUUCCGAUUCGAAGGAUAGAACGUUAGAAGUGCUUGUAGAGAAGCUGGAAGCGUUACAAGCCAGUGAAGACCCGAAACAGCCCUAUGGAGAAAUAUCGAUCAUCGAAAAGGACUUCGGCCAGAAAGUCAACCAGGAUGUUGAGAGUCGUCACGGUUUUGCUGCGCAGGCAAGUCGCCGGAAGUUGAUGGCACAGGCACGUAACUGGCUUUUGAGCGCGACUCUCCGUCCGUAUCAUUCGUGGGUUUAUUGGAGAGAUGUUGACGUGGAGACCGCACCGUUUACCAUCCUGGAGGACUUGAUGCGUCAUAAUAAGGAUGUUAUCGUACCGAACGUCUGGCGACCGCUUCCUGAUUGGCUUGGUGGUGAGCAGCCCUACGAUUUGAAUUCGUGGCAGGAGUCAGAAACAGCAUUGGCUCUUGCCGACACUCUCGAUGAAGAUGCCGUGAUCGUGGAAGGAUAUGCUGAAUAUGCUACUUGGAGACCUCAUCUGGCUUACCUUCGCGAUCCCUAUGGUGACCCGGAUAUGGAAAUGGAAAUUGACGGUGUGGGUGGUGUUAGUAUUUUGGCUAAGGCCAGAGUUUUCAGGUCGGGUGUUCAUUUCCCUGCCUUCAGUUUUGAAAAACACGCAGAAACUGAAGGAUUCGGCAAGAUGGCUAAACGCAUGCAAUUCUCCGUGGUUGGUCUUCCUCAUUACACAAUUUGGCAUUUGUACGAGCCUAGCGUAGACGAUAUUCGGCACAUGGAGGAAAUGGAGACAGAGCGCCAGGCUAAGGAGGCCGAAGAGAAAGAAAAGCAGGAACGGGAGAAGAAGGUCAAAGAACAGUUUAGUGACACUAAUGCUCAAUGGGAGCAAGAUAAAUCAGAAAUACAAAACUUGGCUAAGGAGGCGCAAAAAGAGCGGGAAUCCGAGAGUCAACAAGGGUCAAGUCAAGACUCGAAAGCAGCAGAGGACAAGGUUGGGGAAAAGCCAAAUAACCAAUUUAGGGUAGAGGCCUAA